AUCGACUCGACUGGACUCGCGCCACCGUCGAUUGAUCGCGUGCAGAUCGCGGGAUUUACAAUUUACAACAGCGGGAAGAUAUUUUGCUUCCAGUCUCAGCUGCCAUAUCCGUCAGUGCCAAAGAGUGUAAGACGCUUUAUUAAACGAUGGAAGAGAAGCACAGAGGAACCCAGAAUGGUAGAGCUGGCUCAGUAACAUUAGAUUUCUCCUCCACAAAUCUAUCUUCUUUCGAGAUAAGCAAGUCAGAUUUGGCCUCUUGCACAACUCUCAUUCUGAAUUACAAUGAAAUCUGUGAGCUGCCAGCUGAUAUUGGAGAUACCCUUCACAGUCUUAGCAGUCUGUUACUCAUUGGUAAUCAGUUAAAGGAGCUGCCUGAAUCACUUGGUAAACUUGUGAGUCUCAAGGAGCUCAACCUGUCUGAAAACGGCCUGAUAUCCCUACCCAAGACACUGGGUUUCCUUACGCAUCUAGCAAUCCUCAAGUUGGUCGGAAAUGAGUUGAAGAAUCUCCCGGAGGGAUUUGGAGGACUCGAGUCUCUGAGAAGUCUAGAACUUGAUGAAAACUUUCUGACGUCGCUGCCGGAAUCGUUUGGACUCGUGGAGAGUUUAGAGGUUCUGGAGGCCUGCGACAAUGCCCUGGUGGAGCUCCCAGCAAGCUUUGGAAAUCUAAGACAUUUACAGGUACUUAACCUGAGCAAUAAUCGUCUGGAGACCCUGCCUGAUUCAUUUGGGUCAUUGCAGUGCCUUAAAAUGGUGGAUUUAUCUGGGAACAAAAUUAAGGCUCUAAUGCCCGAGUUUAAGUCUUGCCACUGUCUUAAGAAGCUCUAUCUCACAGGGAACAGAUUAACCGUUCUUCCUGUUUGGAUCGGGGAGCUUCCUAAACUACAGGAAUUGAGUCUAAGAGAUAACCAGUUGGAGCACAAAGCUUUACCGGAAUCAUUUGGGGAGACGAGCAGAAACACCCUUAGACACCUGGACAUUUCAGGGAAUUUUCAGACUGAACUUCCAUCGACGCUAGGGCUUCUUGUCCACCUGGAUUUCUUGCACAUGGGCAGCGUGAUCGGAGAACUGGAGCGUCAAAACUUUCAGAAUGGAAACUGGAUCGCAAGGUUCCCGGAAAACUUCGGAAACCUGCAUCUAUUGCGGGAACUUCAUGCCGAGGAAAAUCAGUUGAACUGCCUUCCAGAGAAUUUUGGAGACCUUGCGUCUUUAGAGUUCCUAGACUUGGGCCAGAACAUGCUGAGGCAGCUUCCAGAGUCUUUCUGCGAGCUGAAAAGUCUACAAGUUUGCCUGCUCUCCAAGAAUCACAUAGAGUGCCUUCCAAAGGAGUUUGGAAAACUGGGUGGACUUCAAGUUAUCCGACUCGACUGUAAUAAACUGACUGAUUUACCAGAAUCGUUUAUGAAGUUGACCAACAUCGAACUGCUGGAUCUGUUUGAUAAUCGGCUGACAAGGAUACCCUCGGUGCUAAAGUAUCUGACGAAACUAACAAGGCUGGACCUUGAUUUGAAUAAAUUUGACAUGCCAGCACUGUCGGUGCCUAACUUAACCAGACCCAACCAGUACCCAUCAGGAAAGUCGGCUACCAGCGAUAACUGGAGAACCAGGGCACGAGCCGAUGAAGUUGCCAUCGCUGAACAACAAUUAGCCGAGGUGGUUUUGGAUGAAAUGAGUUCCCAGAACUCGAUUAACACAGUACUCAAUAACAGCAUCAUCUCGCAAGCCUUGCGUAAUAAAGCAUCUAUCUGGCAGUCACACGAGGGCACUAAAAUCAGGGAAUCUCGCACGGACACCAUACUGCUUGAAAAACGGAUGUCCAGACGCCAUCAAAAGUACUCCUACAGUUCUGAUGCCAAUUCAGAGGACCCAAAUGAGCUGGAUGAUUGCAGUAGUGAUGGCAGCCACGAUGAGCAAGGAACUGGUAGCAACAUCGUCACCCAAGAGGAGAUAGAAAAGGCUGAGGAAAACUGGGAUGAAGAUCUGAUUGAUAUCUCGUGUUUCGGGUCUGACAGGCUUUACCGUCAUCCCCAAGACAUGGACAAGACAGUAGAUGCAGACUCUUGUUUUGUCUUCACACCCUCUGAUGAGCAUGUCCCAAACCUCCCUAAUGCCUCCAUCAACGACGACGCUGAGGAUGGACAGUUUGAUGAUGCAGAUUAAACUCUUAUCCAGGAAGUUGUGUGACUCGGUAGGAUAGGGACUGUGGGUGUCGUAGACCUUUUCGCAAUACCCAUUGCGCAAGCUCUAAAAACUGAGGUGCACUUGAUCACUAGGAAGACCAGCAUGCACCUCGUUCCCCGCCUAAUGCAUGCACACCUAGUAUUUGCUGUAAGGUCUGUAGGGAAAUCUGAAUCCGGAGAUUCUGUCCCCAAAUAUGGGAAAUUAACAUGGGCUGGUGAAGGAGGAGAUAUCAGAAGUAGUUUGUACACAGUUCCAAAGUAUGGGGGGCAGAAUCUCUGGGGGAAGGGAAACAAGGUCUCCUGCCAUACCAGACCAAACCACAAUCAUUGGGCCAGACACAACCUCAUUCAAGUCAAAACACGUGUGUAUUGGGUUAGCAUAGGGUGAAGUAUUAUGGAAGAUUGUGGAGGAUCCCAAGCCAAAGUUACAUUAUAGUAAAUGGAAUUAUAUUUGCUGCUGCAUUAAGCUAUGAAAAAUGUAAGUAUGGGGCCCACUUUCAUAAAGCUGUUAAGCUGAAAGUAUUGCUUAAUAGCAAGUUUCGUUGCUGAGCUAAAAAUGAGUGAGGCAACAAUGUAAACUGGCAUUUUGGCUGGUAACCUGUUUCUGUUUAGCAACACUUUUCUGUGAUAAGCAAGUUUUUGUGCUUACAGGUUAUAUGAAAUUGGGCCCUUGUAUACUUAUUCUUGAAAAGUUGUUAAGUGUAUUAAUAUUAUAUUUUUAUUAACUUCUCAGGCCGUCAUAUUAUUGAAUUAAUUUUAAAUGAUUUUGACUUUGUUCUAGAUUAGACCUUUGGGUGCGACUAGCAAAAGUUCCUUCAUACAUCUUAUCAUAGAGCUGCUUCAAAAGCAAACAAAGUAGCUAAGUUCAUAACUAUGUUGCUCACCAGAAUAAAUUGACCAGCCUAUACAUACUAUGCAUGGCUAUGUCUGAUUUAGAGACUGUGGCUACGGCUGCACCUUGAAGGCCAUUGGAACAAGCGUCCAGAUAUAGGAUGCCCCAACAGCCACAGCCAUGUUUUCCAAAUCUAGGUAUCUGACUAUUUAUAUUUGUUCAAGAUUAGUCAUAAAAAAGCCCUUCUGUUUCAUCAUGCAUUUUUAUCUAUAAAUAUCGUUGUCGAAUGUCAAUUUAAGGAAUGAUAUUUGAGCACUAAAAUAUACCUGAUGUUUUUGCACCAGAAUGAAAGCCAUGACAAAGCUGAUUCCUGAUUGAAAAUAAACACCAAAUAUGUUUGUUUUCUCUAUUUUCUUUCAACAUUUUUUUUUCUUUUUUCUUUUAUUCUUUUCAACAAAGACGCACUGACAAUCAGUUGGAGCCAGCAUUUGAAUUUUUUGCUUUUGUAAUUUGUCAAGUUAUGGGCAGUUACCUCUGAGUUCUUUUAUGAGUUCUCAUUUUGAGCUAUCAUUUGAGUUCUUAUUUGAGCUCUUUUAUGAGACUUUAACAUGUAUAAAAAGUGUUCAUAGGAUGCCCCUUAAGAAAAAAGCUACCAAUCAACUCUUAAAGAAUGCUUUAUUGAGUUGUAUUUUUUGGUAGAGUUAUUUUUGUAAUUUUUAAAAUACUAACUACUGUGCUUUUGUUGACUGCCAAGUAGCAAAA